AAUAAAAUGAAAAGUCCAAAGGCACUUCUAGGAGGAAGAACAAAGUUACUGAAGCUAUUCACUAAAGUUAUCGCAGAAGAUUCCAAAAAUAAGACAGUAUCCAGAAGACAGUUAUCUGCUCUGUCGCCUACGAAGUUUCAAUUUUCCAACGCCAUUGAA